ACUGUAUGGGAGUGUCACAGAGCCGAACGCCUUGAAUGCGGCUUUCCAGCGAGACGGAGCUCUGCGGCAGGCUUGAGACAGACUGAACGGCGACGGGCUCGUUACUUAACCGCUGUUUUAUCGGUGUAUUCUGGGUGUGAGUGUGGAGACUGGAGUCAUGGCUAACCGCUCUUUGUGGUCUGUCUGUCUGCUGCUGGCGCUGCUGCUGCCGCGGGAAGUCCUGUCUCAGGGGGACUUAAACCUGGCCGAUGCUCUGGGCGAUGAUGAUGACCGUACACUGUUGACCCCGUCACCAAAGCCAGCAGCACCAGCAGGAGGACCAGGAGGAGAGCUUGAUUUGGAGGAUGGCAUCAUCACCACUACCACCAAAGCUCCACCCAAGGUUGUGCCUAAAGUCCCCACAGGUACCAAGACGCCAGUCAAGCCCAAACCCAAGCCUGCUGGUGAUGACUUUGACCUUGCUGAUGCCUUGGACCCCAAAAAUGACAUUGGUGGCCGGGAUAAGAACCAUGGGCAGGGAGGUGGAUUUUCUGACAGUGAUCUGAUUGACGUUAGUAAAGAUGAUACCUACAAACCCGACAAAGGCAAAGGCGGACAUCCAAGUGGUGGCAGUGAUCAGAUUAACCAGUAUGAUGACAACAAUGAGACCACAGCAGAAGUGGGCACUAUUGCAGGGAUAGUUAGUGCGGUUGCGAUGGCGCUGGUGGGUGCAGUCAGCAGCUACAUCUCCUACCAGAAGAAGAAGCUGUGCUUCGGUAUACAACAGAGCCUGAAUACUGACAUGGUGAAGGCUGAGAACCCUGAGGCUGUGGUGGCUACAGAACCACAAGUCCAGCAGACUCUCCUGGAGCCACCCAAUGCUGAACCCCCCACUGAAGAGAAUGCUGUGUAACAAACACACAAAGGUCCCCACCUACAUGCAUUCUUUUCACCCCCACCUAACCCCCCCUGUGCACGCGCACACACACACAACACACACACACACACACACACACACACACACACACACACACACACAGCAAUGCUAUAGGAUAUACUAUCUAUUGUGUAGCAUGUCCAUGUUGACCCUGGAGCUCUCUGCUGCAGAAGUUGGGAUUUGUACCCCUUCUACGCUGAAUGUGAACACGGAUAUUUGUUUUUAUUGUCUGCUGUAAACAUGGCCAACCGUGUAUCCAACCUUGCCAAAUGUAUGUGUAUAUAGUUAUUUAUUGUUUACUGUUUAAACACCACUAACAAUGUUGGUUUCCAGUUAUCCAGCCUUCAGCAAGUAUUCUGUGAUUUCUCUGCUGUGAGCUUUGGCUUCAGUUGUAGCAGUUUGCAGAGCUCCAGGAACACAGUGAAGCUGGAUGACUGGGAUAAAACAACAGAAAUGAUAUGUUGGAGAAAGAAACUCCUCUGGGCAUCUAUGGGUCGGUGUCGAGCUGCUUUGAGUUCACAGGGAGUCAGUCACUGAUCAGUGAACUGGACUGACUGAACUUUGAGUCAGUGGCUUGCAGCGUGAUUCCAUUGAAGAUGCUCUUGCUGCACAGCCUAAAGAGCAUUUGGGGAAAUUUUUAGGCAGCUGAACUCCAAAUGAAGCAGGGAGCCCUGUGAGACAUGGACAGUGUUUUUUUAAUUUUUUUUAGAUGAAUGAAAGUUGUUAAUUGUAAUCAGCAAUAUCAAAUUUCUUGACAUUGAGUUGAUUACAGUAGCUCUCAGUUUCCCCCUCUGACCCAUAACUAAUUAUUUGUCGCAAGUCAUAGAUAAACUGGAACAACACUUUACAGAAUCCAUGAUUUGGAGGUCUGUCUUUGCUCUUCAGAUGUGAAGCCUUGUAGCAGCUAAUUAUGUAAGGACAUGUCAAAUGUUGAGAUGUGAUACAAUAUGUAAAUGGUCAGAUGUAACUGUACUAACUGAAGUUACAUCAUGUAAUGAUGAUGUUGACUGACUAUGAAUUUCUCUUAUUCCUACAAAAUGUGAUUACGUUUCAAUUUACUAAAAUAUCAAUAUGGUGUUAUAAUCAUUCAUAAUUAUAAUAAUGCUAUUUAUGAUUUCAUAAUCACGGGUAUUUGUCCAACAGGUUUAAUUACAUAAUGACCAACUUGGAGCAUGCAUUGACUUUUAGUAAGCUCCACUGUUAGCUAAUGAAGUCCCUCGUUGGGCGUGGCACAUUUUCAUAGAACUGGAGUUACUCUAGUUAACUACUGUUUACAUCAUGUGACAGUUACAUCAUUAGUUGCUACGUCCUGCUCCGUUUCCACCCUCGUCAUGUUGUCUAUCUUAAUGUACAAAGUUGCCUUAUUCAGAUUGGGAUCUUUUUGCAGAGGGGAAAAAUAAGGCACCUAAACAUUUCUGUGUACUUUCAACCUGUGACUUUUUAUAAUGUAAAUAGCCUAAUAUUUAAAAAACAAAAAAGCGAAAAAAGUAGAAUCAGUUUUUUCAUUAGCCUUUAAUGACAAUGCCUAAUGAAGGAAACCUGGUGGUGAUGGUGAAAUGAUUGUAACGAGAGCGGCUGUCAGUGAAGCUCUUUGUAAACGACUGAGCAGCUGUCAAAGAAACGCCCAAAUGUUAAAGAAGAAAAACAAAUGAAGUUAAAAGGAAAAGCUAGAGCAACAUUCAGCCCUGUAAUGCUAAGAGUUCGUGAAGUUCAACGUAGCGACACAAUAUGGAACUUCACACUAAAACUGCUAGCUAAAUCAGUUCCACUGCAGUUAGAGCUCAAACAUGCACAGCGUGUACUUCUUCUUCUUUCUUUUCUCUUUCUCCGGUAAUUUAAAAGGCAAUUAUUCAAUGGUUUGGAAAAGUUGAAACCUCUGUUGUUCUGGAAAAAGCAGACUCGUGUAGAGCCAGAAAAUGUGUGACAUGCGACUUUAAGGUAUCCUGUGGAAUAGUGAGGUCUAACAAACACGAUGAAUGAUUUACAAAGCCGUCGAGCUGUUUACAUUUUGCUACAUUUCUUUAUACGUUACCGCCUCCAGCGUAACCUGCACGCACGAGAUACUAACAAUUCAAUGAUAAUAGUAUUGAAUUUAAAAACGUACUCAGACAUUUAAAAUUCAUCAGUAAAAUCAGUUUAUUUCUGAAAUAUUUGAUUGAGAAUCUGUGAAAUCAUCCAAAGUUUCCCCAGUUCAUUACAGCUACUUUCUCAGUAUGCUUCAAACUAACUAGUUAGUAUGAGGUAUGAAACAAACCUCUGAUCAGGAACACUGGGAGGCUUUGAAGGGGUGGAAGGCUGACGGUAUAGUUUCCUAUUGGCUGCAUCAAUGCAUAAAAUGGGCGUGAUCAGCAGAUUGUUUCGAGGAAGGUUAGGCAGCCAACCCCUCCCUGAAGUCCUAUUUCUGAAGUGUACAGAGGCCUGAAAGUUGUUUCUGUGAUGUUCUGGUCCCCGAGGCUCGGCCUUAAGUAGACUUUAAAAUGGGCACCAAUAGGAAAGAUUUAAAAGAGAGGAUGUGAGGUGUUUGUAAAAGAUGUGUGAAGUCAGGGAGGAGUUUGAAUCGGUUGCCACCGCCACAAAGACUGGUUAAGAAAACUAGUAGAACUCAGUCGUAGCUGUAGAUGAAGUUAGCAGCAGUAGUUAGCUUUAGGAUCUUGAGUAGUGUCAUAACGAGUGCUUGUGGACAGCUGUGAUGGUUGUACAUAUUACUGUGAGCAGUUCUGUGUUUCUACUGUUAGCAGAGAGCAUAACUAUGCGCCAUAUUAACCUAUACUCUUUAGCGUGUGUGUGUGUGUGUGUUUAGACUCUUCGCUUACCCUUUUUACACUUUGUACCGGACUUGACUUUUCCUAAUAACUUAGCUUAACUUUUUGUAGGUAGUUAGUGCUUCAUGGUGAGUGAGCUUGUUGUGUACUGCCAGUGGUUUGUUGUUUUCCUAAAGACUUCUGACUCUCGUAUGUUCCUGAGCGAGAAAGCUCGUGUUUUGACGACCUGGGAAAUCAGUCACUGCUGUCUAUACCGUCUGACAUGUAGUCUAUCUGUCUGUUUAUAGCACUGCUCACAAUCUCCAGUGAGACUUAUUGAACCCUAUGCAGUGGACUUAUUAGAAAUUAUUCCACCAUGUCACAUAAAACAGUGAACAUUGCCACGGUCACAUCAUGUGAUGGAAGGUAGCAAUGGGAAAGAUUUACAACUUGAGAAUGUUCACUUUAUCAGACACUUUAUGAUUACAGUUGGUUGUGUGAGGCUUAAUAAAUACAUGUAGCAUGAGCAUGUAGCACUCAAUCCAUUGGAUUUGUCUGUUUACCUUGAAUGACGGACUUUGGCUGACGUGAGGCAAGUGCUUCCCAGUGGGUGGCGGUGAGUUUCCCGGUCACAGUUAUGACUUGGGCCCUGAGCUGGUCUUGACACUCUCUGUACUUCUUUAAAUCUCCUAAUUAUGUCAUUUGAGCUAGUGAGCCACGCAUGUUAAGAACAAAGCCAGUGGAAGUAAACAUGAAUGUGGCAUAAGCAAUGAUUGGUAAACCAACUGCCAUUUUGCAUGGUUAACGACCCGAGCAGUGUCUGACUAGACUAGAAUAGUCUGUAUUUACAGAGGGGAAUGCGUGAAGGAUUUUGGCUCUUAGCCUGAAUGAGUUUAAACUCCCUUGUCGGAUUGUGUCAUUUCAGAAACUGAGGGAGUAGGUCUUGUAUAGGUUGGUGGCCUAUAAAAUGAGUGUUAUGUGUCCAACAGGAUGCAGCACUGUCCCUCUCUAAAAACAGUCCAGCUGCUAGUCAGUCUAUUGAAUCUUAAUAGAACACUGGGCUCAGAGGCUGGUUGUGCAAAGCUCUUGUCUAUGCCAAAUAAAUGAGACAGAGUGUGCCCAUCAGUCAAGUCAGAGCUAGACACAGCAGUCUUAAACAGGACACAUUCACUGUAAAGCAGUUUAGCUCCAUUGAUGUCGGUAGAAAACAGCCUGACAGAUCCUUGUGCAACCAGGCCUUGACAGAUGUUGAUAGCGAAACAUCGUCAUGUGACUGGUGACCCAGGGUGUCACAGAAGAGAACACGUAGAGAAAGUGAAGCCAAAGGAAUGUCUGUUUUUUAGUGGGCUUUACAUUUUCUUAUAGCAGUCCAACAUUGUUUUGAACUGCUUUUUUAAACUUGAGUGGUGUUCAGGGGCUAUGAGUGGCUGGAGUAACGGACUGUUUCAUUGAUCUGCUCACCUUGUAUGAGUCACGCAUGGAUAACCUCUGUGUUUUAUCAGCUGUAAUUCAAAUGGUGCUUCUCUCUUUGCCUUAUACCCUGCACAGUCCCACAGGGACGCGCCACAGUACUCAUCUAACACCCCAUAGCUGCACCUGAGCAAGAGCAACAGCCACGGCUUUCAGCUCCUUUGGGUGGUUACCUUGGUGCAAUGGGAGGGGGGCAUGGCUACAGUACCCAGAGGACAGAAAGGUGUGGGUGUUUCAUCAUGUUCAGGCUGCUGAAAGCUUAAUUCACACAAAGCAAACACAAAACAACAAACCUUUCUGUAUGUAACGUAUUACUGAAUGUACUGAACAUCUAGCAAAAACCUUUGGCUUGUAGCAAAAAGACAAAUUCACCAAAGAUGAAGAAUUGAUUGAGAUUGACUUUGCCUUUAUGUGCUGGGAAUCAAAUUAUGUGUUUUUGAAAUAAUCAUGAAGGAAUAGGAUGUCUGUGUGAAGUGCAACAUUUGACGGUUAGAUGAGGACUUGAUGGAUUAGAGUAAGUAGUGAGAAUGUUUUUAUGUCUAUGAAAAGACAGAACGGAUGCACCUGAUAUCCAAUCAUGUUGAAUUGCCUUUACAAUGCUGACUACGAUACACAGUGUGUUAUUAUUGGCACUGCGGUGCUUUAACAUUCAGUGUGGACAGUUAUCCUGGAACACGUGCCAUUCUGCAGUUUGGAGCUGGUGACCAGACUGUACAGAAAAUACGGUGGGACUCACACCCUGCUCCAAACACCACCUUUGUGAUGUGUUUGUUUAAUUUGUGAGGUGGUAGUUUGUGUUGUUCUAUACCAGACUGUACAGGUGUGUGACACUGUGUCCACCCAUUGUAAAUAGCUGGAGAUUGAUUGGGUGUUCUCGUAGGGCUUGAGAUGCAGUCUGUUGUGGUGAUGGGUCAUACCAUUAGACUGCGUUGGGGGGACGGUUGGAAGGUGUAUGCAAUACCAGAGCAAAAAGGCCCAAAGAUGCAGCAGUGAUUCAGGGACCAUAUAGAUAUGGAGAGGGGGGAGUUUUACAAAGUGAAAGAAUCAAGGCUGUCCUAACGAGCAGCUCACUGGCUGAUGCAGACCACUCACACAAUAAAAAAAAAUCCCCCAAGCUAUCAGACUUUUAAAAUCUAAUUAAUUAAUUAAAUUUGUUUUAUAUUACUGAAUAUUGUCUGCUACGUAGCAGAAGGGAGUUAAAAACUCAAUUUCACUUUACAACCUGUUAAACAAAUAAAUCUACCUUGUAUAAACGGUUAGCUCUGUAGUGUCUCCCUGCUCUCCAAACACUGUAUGGUAACUGCACGGUCUUAUAUGACCGCUGUGCCUGAGGUCUUGUAGCGCAGUCACAUGACCCUGCCCUCUCUGUACAUGCUGCCACUCUGCCUGUCCUCUCCCUUCAGUACACUCUAGUGCCUGUCGCCGUGUCCUGCAAAGCCAGCCAAAAUCCUGCAACCACACGUUUUGAUUCAAAAACAGAUUCCAUGAUUUGGAGGGGCCAAACGAGGGCCCAGAAAAGCUAUUUAUCAUUUGAUAUUUGAGAGCUGGCUUUGCAAGGCUACCUGUCAUGUACCGCACACACGCGCUCACACUUUGAUGCAUGCUUUUCUCUCCUUACUUAAGAGUGUUAAACACUGUGUCUUUCUGACCACUCUGUUGGACAGUCUUCUUUGCUUUAAGUGUAAUAGUGAACUCUGCUUUCUCUCUUAUUCCACUAUAACUCUAUGGCAAUAUGUUACAGUUACUUGUUACUAAUAUGAACCAAUAAAAGAAACCAUGUCAAAAGACAA